UACAGCUAUGAAACGUGAGAGUAAGAGAAACAGAAAGAGAAGGAGUAUCGAGAGAGAUUUAAAUUCGGCAACGUACGACGUUGUCACUUGCUCGCACGCUACUGACAAGGCUUGACAACAGUGUGUCAGAGGGUACGGGUAAACCUGUGCUAGCGCUAGCGAGCCAUUCGAUUGCGAGGUCAACCGAACCAGGAUGAUCUUCCAAGACCAUCUUCACGGGGGUCAGGGUAGCUGUGCUGGCCACUUACAUUUCACAAAACAAGCAAUGCAGGGCAACAUGACAUUUCAGCAGUCGCAGACAGUCACACUUAACAUAACUCAGCCAAGCCUUUCACAGAUAAAAAUAUUUUUGAAAACACAUCCACCAAAGCUGGCACCCAGUAUCAAGUGAGCUUAAAUAUUUAGUUAAUCGCGUGCUAAUCCCAGCAAGCAAGGUAAACGUCUCGGCCUCGGAUGCUCCUCUGAUCGCUGAUUCAUGCGCAUGCUAUUCAA